CUCCAGCCCCAUCGCCCACCAUGGCCGCCUCCACCCUGUCCGUCUGCUCCAGCGACCUGAGCUACAGCAGCCGUGUCUGCCUGCCCGGUUCCAGUGACUCUUGCACUGACUCCUCUUGGCAGGUGGACGACUGUCCAGAGAGCUGCUGCCAGCCCUCCUGCUGUGCCUCCAGCUGCUGCCAGCCCUCCUGCUGUGUCCCCAGCUGCUGCCAGCCCUCCUGCUGUGUCCCCAGCUGCUGCCAGCCCUCCUGCUUGAGCUGUGGGCCCAGCCCCUGCCAAUCAGCCUGCACCAGCUCCUGCAUACCCUCAUGCUGCCAGCAGUCUAGCUGCCAGUCCUCCUGCUGCACCUCCUCCCCCUGCCAGCAGGCCUGCUGUGUACCUGUCUGCUGCACACCUGUGUGCUGCACACCUGUGUGCUGCAAGCCCGUCUGCUGCAAGCCCAUCUGCUGCACUCCCUGCACCUCAUCCUGCUGCAGACCCUCCUCCUGUGUGUCUGUCAUCUGCCGCCCUGUGUGCAGACCCGCCUGCUCCUCUUGCUGUGCCCCCACCUCCUCCUGCUGCCAGCCCAGCUGCUGCCGCCCAUCCUCCUGCGUGUCCCUCAUCUGCCGCCCCGUGUGCUCCCGCCCAGCCUGCUGUGUCCGUGCCUCAGCCCAGAAGUCCCGCUGCUAA